AUGUCCGGGACUCCGAAAUAUCACUCCACGGAUACACAGUGUUACGAACGGAUCGAUCAUCGUCACGUCGCGGUGGUGGAGUUGUUCUUUUUGUCCGCUCGGAUCUCCCUGUUCCAGUACUGGAGAACUACGCCCAUCCGGAAGGAUUUGGAGAAGCCCUGUGGUGCAGAAUCAAGCUAUCUGCCAGAGGGUAUACCACAGUUGGAGUGA